AUGAAUGUCAACCUAAAUUCCAAACAAGCUCGAACGCUCAAUAUAUACGAAUCCAGUGCGGGAUACUAUACAACAGGAAGGUCACUUAAAUAUAAGCUGAACGAUGCUGACGCGCUGGUAGAUCUUGAUGGAUUGCCUCGUUUGAAAGACGGUGUUGAUAAGGAAAGAUACAAAACUCCGGUGGGUUAUAUUUCCAAAGGGCGAGCCAUUGCUCCAGACGAGCUAUUGCAUGGUGUCUUCAACGUAAGCCCCCAUGAUCUGAAGUAUUUGACGCGAGAGGAAAUUAAGGGGCAUACUGGUGUUGACCUUCCAUCGUCCGAGUUAUUGAAAUCUCUGCAUUACUAUUUUGCUGAACGUAUCCAGAACGACCGAACCAUCCCCGAUAGCCAGAAGAACACGCUUUUCACGCGCUUUUGUGACGGUUCUGCUUUGCUGGCGAUGGGUGUUUUGGUUGAAAAAUGGAUUGACGACCUCGUUGGACGCCAAAAGGAGACCCACAAGCACUUCAUGGAGCUAGACGAGGUGGAAGAUCUGACAGAUGUUUUGAAGCGGAAAAGACGUUUGGACUAUUAUCGAAGGAAGAGACUGAGGAGACAUCCUGAUCCCGAUCUAAGUCGAUCGACGUGA